GCCUUCCUGGGUGGCGAGCAGGACCUCCUCAACGUCAUGUUCCCCACACAUGACGUCACCAGCAAGGCCGCCACCCUGGGCCUGCGUUCCGAUGGUCAGAUUCCACCGCACUGUUGGCAAACGCACGACGGUUGUCACGGUCUGAAACCCACCAAGUUUCUGGCCAACCGGCCUGGUCGCAGGCGUACUGGCGGCAAGAAAAAGAAACUGACCAAAUGA